GUGAGUUUACCAACGAAUCAUUCUGUCAUGCAAUGCGUGCUGUAGCGGGUGAGAAAUUAAUCUGAAGCCAAAAUGAAGGACCGUCUGGGAGAUUUAACAGCCCUCUGCCAUGACAUCAUCAUCGCUCCCGUAGAGUCUAGUGCUUUCCUUGAGGAAUUGCUCCCUAAGGUUAAUGAGGUCCAGCAACUUAUAGAGAGAAUUUCCUUCUGUGUGGAAGAAGUGAAGCUGAGACACAGUACCAUUUUGACAGAAAUCAACCCACCGAAUUAUGUGAGAGAGGAACUUGAGCAGUUCAACAGUAACAUCAAGCACACAGCUGAUGUAAUCAAGGUUAAACUAAAAGAUUUAGAAGGAAAAUUCUCAGAGUAUGAGAAUGCUAACAGCAGCUCUGUGUACUGUCGCAUCCAGAAUACUCAGCACACAGUACUUUCAGUGAGGUUUGCAGAAAUAAUGAAUAUGUACAAUGAAGAACUGCUAUCUUUCCGUUCAAAGAGUAAAGAUCAGAUACAAAGACAGCUGGAAAUCAGUGGCCAGGUUGUCACUGAAGAGGAGACUGAGGUUUUGCUGCAAAGUAACAAUCCUGCUGUCUUUGCCUCAAAUAUCAAUUCUGGCUUCUGCAUAACGGGGCAAGCACUGAAUGAGAUUGAGUUACGGCAUAAGGACAUUCUCUAUCUGGAGGCCAGCAUUCGAGAGCUGCAUAGCAUGUUUAUGGAUAUAGCCACGUUAGUCAAUAGUCAGGGUGAAAUGGCAAACAACAUAGCAAAGACUGUGAUGCAAGCUGGAAACUAUGUAGAUCAAGGGAAAGAGAACAUAGAAAAAGCUACUGAUUACAAGAAGUCCUGGCGGCUAAGACUGCCUAUAUUCAAGAAGAAAGCAAAACCAGCAACCAGCAAGGGCUCUUGAAUGAAUCUUGAACAUUGGAUUCUGUAUGCUGCUUGCUUUUGAGUUUUAUGAAAAUGGGGGAUUCAUUCUCCUUGCCUUUCCUUAAAAAACCCCAUCGUGUCACAGUACUUAUUCUACGUCUUGUAUAUUGUUUCUGCUUAAAUGGUAAAUGAUUAAGCUUGCUCUCAGAUAGACAGCACUAGCAGGAUUUUUCUGACGCAAUAUGACAACAAUCAAGUGUCAAGAGGUGUGUUUAAAUGGACUAAUGUUCCUCAUUAGAAACAAUCAUGCUAUAUACAUGCAAUACAUUAUUAAUUUAUUCAUUUUCUUUGGAUUAUUUCAGGUCUACAUCACCUCUUUUAAUUCAAUCAAACUUUUAUUCAGAUUUACUGAGGUAUUUAUUUUUCUGUUGGCUUUUCAGUCCACCUGCACCAUCUUCUUUUUUUCAGUUUGAUGGUGGUUGAGAAACAAACAUUUUGUGCAUUUCAGCCAAACUGAGCCAUCUGAUUAUAAAUGGUACAUGUAAACAUAGCGAAUAUAAAAGCCCAGUUAGACUCUCUUACAUUUCAUUUUUGUUGCUUGUAAAUACUUUUAUUAGUUAUGUGUAUUACUUGGCGAUUUGCUUUUAGGUUACUCAAAGUUCAUCCAAAAAUGGAAAUUCUGUUAUAAUUUAUUCAAACUGGUUGUUCCAAACCUGUAUGAUUUCGUUUUUUUCUGUGGAGUGCACAUAAAAAAUGUCCUUGUAUGUUUUUUUUCCAUACAAUGAAGAACUGUAUGUUCUUCAACAUAUCUUCUUAUGCAGAAGAAAGAAAGUCAAAAGCUAUUUAUGAAGGUGAGUAAACAGUGACUGAAUUUUCAUAUUGGGUGAACUAACCCAACAAUCAUCUGUAUUAAAAAAAGAAUCUGCCAAUACA